GUGUGCAUGUCACCGGGUGAUGAUGUGGAGCUUCCACGGCAGGACUUCACGUACAUUGCUGCCAACGCAGAUCGACCGUGGGAGCACUUCACAGGCAGAUGGCAGGCUAUGAAGCCGAUUCUUGCCGAGGGCCUUGCAAGGUGCAGCAAGACCAGGCCGCUUCGAGUGGUCGACCUGGGCUCCUGCAGCGGCUACUUCGCACUGAAAGCGGCCCACAGGCACCCAGAGGCUGACGUGGUUGCCAUCGAAGGCUCAGUGGGCAUUGGCAAUGGCACUGUUGGCGUGCAGGGGACAGUUCGACAAAUCCUCCAGACAGAGGCUGUGCAAACGCAUCUGCGCUGGAUCCAACGCUUGAAGUUGAUGAACGGUUUCCUUGCACCUGAGGUUUGGGACUAUGUGCACGUUUGCAACCUCGCAAAGACUGGAAG